CUGAAUGUAAAUGAGGGCUGGACUUCUCCCAUGCAAAGAGCCGGUGUGUCCCCGCUGCUGUCGGAUGGUUGUAGCAGUCUAGUUUAUAUGCUUAUUGUUCCUGUCUACGAGAAUCCGCAAAGCACAAGGAAAGGAGCAGCCCCACUCCCAUAUCUGGACCUGUCCUGCUUCACUGGAUCCUUCUGUGUGAAGGGGAGGGGGAUUUACUGAGCCAUCUCUGGAAACAGAAGAGGGGGGGGGGGAGACACUGCAUCCCACUCCAUCUAAAGGGCAUCUUGGAAUUGCUUCCUAUUUUGCAUCACAUCCCACUGUUACUAUUCACCACAGGCCCAAGAGGCCACCUGCAACCUGCAACCCUAAUCCCAACCCCCCCCCCACACAAAUACACUCAUACUCACACUCACAGACAUAUACACAUAAUCACACACAUAUAUGCUCACACAUACUCACACAACCCCUUCACCAUUUACGCAGAUAGCAAUGCCGGGGUAACAGCAUCCUACCAACCAAAUGAGAAUUUGGGGGUUAAUCCGAAUUAUGCGUUAGUUUUCUAUCAGCAUCAUGCCUGGGUUUUAACGGGCAGUGAAAAUCCUUUCAGCGCCGCAUUCUGUCAUCUGUGCAAGAUACAGUAUAAGCAUCUCCCGCAGGAUCUUCCAGGUGGCAAGCAUGGAGGCACUGCACCCAGCACAAGCACCCCAGCUACCAGCUGCUCCUGGAUACAUGGACCUCUUGUUCCAAGGUGGGGGCAGAUUUAUGGAUGCCCUGAGAGAAUGCAAGGACUGUGGGUGGGAGUUGUCCUUGGCUACUCUGCAGAAACAUGCCAGCCUUACCUGGGCAGAGCUCCUAUGCCUGUUCACAGGCACCUUGCUAUGGACUGGCUUUAGAAGUGUAACCACAAGGUGGAUCUUCCAGCCUUUUGCCCAUUGGUGUAAGCUGCACCCGAAAGAAGCCAGUAAGGUUCCGGAGAGUGCCUGGAAGCUCCUCUUCUACACCAUUUCUUGGUCUUACAGUUUCUACCUGCUGUUCUUCACUGAGUACAAUUUCUUCCAUGACCCUUCUUGUUGCUUCCAUGGUUGGAAGUCAGGAGUGCAGGUUCCCAGGGAUAUUGCCCUGGCGUAUCUCAUACAAGGUAGUUUCUAUGCCCACUCCACAUAUGCCACCCUCUAUAUGGACUCAUGGAGGAAAGACUCUGUUGUCAUGAUUCUGCAUCACCUGGUCACAUUCACUCUUAUUACUUUCUCAUAUGCUUUCAGGUAUCACAACAUUGGAAUCCUUGUUCUUUUCCUCCACGACAUUAAUGACAUACAACUUGAAUUCACCAAGCUAAAUGUCUACUUUAAAACCAGGGGUGGGAAAUACCACAGAAUUAAUGACUUCAUUUCUGAUGCCGGCUGUGUGACAUUCAGCAUGAGCUGGUUCUGGUUCAGAUUGUACUGGUUUCCUCAGAAAGUUCUCUAUGCUACCUGCUAUUCAAGUCUUGAGUCCAAUUCAAACAUCCCUUUUUAUUUCUUUUUUAACAGUCUGCUGUUUGUGUUGACACUGAUGAAUAUAUAUUGGUUUUUGUACAUUGUGAUGUUUGUCGUGAAAGUGUUAACAGGACAAAUUCAAGAAGUCAAUGAUGUCAGAGAAUAUGAUGUUUGUGAGAAUGAAAAGGUGUUUGCAAAAAACAACAGCCGACAUAAGGACGCUCUUAGCAAUGGGCAAUCUGUCUCAAAUGGAUGUGUAAAGAAAAAGAAGAUGUAGAUGAGAAUUAAAUAACACCCUGCACGUCUCACGUUCAUUCCUUUUGUGGUUAGAACAUUGUCCGGAAGCCAUUUCAUCUCCACAUUAAGGCACUCGACACAAUACACGCCGAAAUUAACUGAAUGACUUUAAUAUCAUCUGGUUCAUGCAAGACCUUUGUUGAUUUUUUUAAAAUAUAUACUUCUUACCCAGUUAAUGAGUUUGACACAUUAUCUACUGUGAAAACAUGAGAACGGCACAGAUUUACUAAAGGUUUAAGAUGCACUGCAAUUUACAUCAUGUCAUUUUCUUAUUAUGUCCUUUUUGGCGAUCUGCCAUCUAUUGGUAUUACUCAGCAGAUGUUGGUGUUCACAUGUACUUAAUAGACAGUUUCAGCCGCAACUGAGGUGAUGCUGGAAUGAGCCAGUGAGACUGUGAGUCAGACUUCCAAUAAUGCAUUACUGAUUCAUGUGGGGUUGUAUUUGUAGCUCCAUGGUGGAAUUCAACAAAUAUUUUGUGGGACUCAUAUUGUGGCAGCACACCAAAGAAGUCAAGAUGCAGCGCCAUAGUAGUCGUUAGGUUGGCUCAUUUGGAUUCAGAAAUAUAAUUGUAUUCUAGAGAUUACAGGAUCAUUUUUCUUGACUUGCGCAAUAACCCAGGCCCUCAUAAACUGACCUGUCAACCCUCCCAAACUUUUUUCAUAUGUAUACCCCAGAGCAGGGGCACAAUGAGGGGGGUUUAGGGCAUUAACAAAGUGUGGUUGUGAUAAUAUAUAUAAAAUAUCUAGACAUCUAUGAACUAAUGCAGUUUUCUCUCCCAAUUACCCUUUAUUUAGUCUUUAGUAAUUCUGUGCCCUAAUCUUGGUUACCAGAAGACAAAGCCUUUUCUAAUUAUUACCAGUUGACAAUGUUAUGUUUCCUAAGUGUAACUAAAUGAAAAAUAAUAAUUUUAAAAUAA